AAAUAUUUUAUACCACAAUGAUCAAUAAAACCAUCCGGUGACUAUAGUAUCAGUUACUAACAGUGAUUAUUAUUCAAUUUAACCUGCUAAUGAAAUCGUGAAUAAGCAAAUAAUAUGCCCAUACAAAGCUUUCUCCCAUAACUCUACACUUGUUAUUCCAUUUAAAUUCUCUUUCAAAAGUUAUCACUGAAUUUGUCUCCAUCAAUGUCAGAUAACGCAUUCCAGAUUCCUCCCUACAUUUCUCCUCUAGCCUCUCUUUUUCUCCCUGCGUCAAAAAGCUGAUCUUCUCUGGCCUUUUUGCCGAUUACCAGACCUAGUCUCUGCUUCCCGAUUCUCCCACCACGCGAAGUAAGCAGGAGCGAUUAAUUCUGUAUUUUUUAAUCGAACACGUGCUACACUAUCAACUACAAUACCAACUUUCGUCUUGCUGCCACACACACAAAAGCUGAUGUUGUGCAUUCUUAAUUCAUUUGGGUGAACUUUUCUUGUACGGUUAAUGCUACAAGAUCAACGACUUGGUGACCUUCCUGCCUGCUUGAAAAAUGGAUACCAAUUUCAACGCUGUCUCUUAAAACGUGGGAGGCCUGCGCGUUACAAGCGGGUGAGAGGUUGGAGGUUGCGGCUGAUCAGCUGAUUCGAAGAGGUGGGAGUUGCUGCAAACAAUGUACCAAACUGGGUUCCUUCAGCAACACUGUACACUGUGUGACUGAAGUCCAUACGAUCUGCAUUAGCACGGUUCAACCUCGCCGGUUCUUCUGCAACCCCUCCUUACCAGCUCCCGGGGCAUUUUGCCUUCAGCUCUACUACUUUUUGUUCCCCCUCGCCUCUCCUAAGUAAAAGGCGGCUCUUAGCGUUUUGUUUUUUUCUAGUAAUGCGAAGGAGGGCUGAUUCCCUUACAGUAGAACAUGACACGACCGUUACGACCCUGCAGAAGGACUCACCACAACCUGCUCCGAGAUUGAAACACAGCCACAAGGCAGCAGCCAGUAAAAAGGACAACGACCUCAGCACGGAUGCGAAGACAGGAAUGAGAAUUGGUUACCGGAGGCGAUCCUGGUUGUUGAACAGAAUCAAAAAAGUGGCUUUGUGGUUCUUAGCAGUGUAUAUGUGCAUUCCUUUCAUAGUAAAGCUAUGUCCAGCCAUUCAAGCCAAGCUAGUCUUCUUAAAUUUUGUGCGGGUACCAUAUUUCAUUGAUUUAAAAAAGCCACAGGACCAAGGGCUGAACCACACAUGGAAUUUUUAUCUUCAGCCUGAGGAGGCAAUUACUAUUGGUGCUUGGCACACAGUACCUGUUAAUCUAUGGAAGGAAGCUCAGGGGAAAGACCAAUCAUGGUAUGAAGAAACCUUGGCAUCCGGCUCCCCUAUCAUUCUUUACUUCCAUGGCAAUGCAGGCACCAGAGGUGGGGAUCACAGGGUCCAGCUAUACAAGGUCCUCAGCUCGCAAGGCUACCAUGUAGUUGCAUUGGAUUAUAGGGGAUGGGGAGACUCCGAAGGAACUCCUUCCGAGAGGGGAAUGACCACAGAUGCAAUCUACACUUACAAUUGGUUGAAAGAGAGGAGUGGUAAGAGUUCCAUCUACAUCUGGGGCCACUCACUAGGCACAGGUGUUGCUACGAAUGUUGUAAGGCAGCUGUGUGAAAAAGAUACCCCUCCAGGUGCCUUAAUUCUGGAAUCUCCUUUCACUAACAUUCGGGAGGAAGCCAAAAGCCACCCUUUUUCACUGAUCUACAGGCAUCUACCUGGCUUUGACUGGUUUUUCCUAGAUCCAAUCACUGAGAGUGGAAUUAUAUUCCCAAACGAUGAAAAUGUGCGGCAUAUCACCUGCCCAUUGCUGAUUCUCCAUGCAGAAGAUGAUGCUGUUGUCCCCUUCCACCUCGGGAAGAAGCUUUAUGAUAUUGUUGCAUCUUCUCGGAGUAGCAGGAAAUUGCAGUUUAUUCCCUUCCACAAAGACUUCUGCUACCAGCACAAGUAUAUAUACAAGAGUCCUGAACUCCCUCAAAUACUGAGGGAAUUCUUAGAUGACCCAACCUCACAUCAUUAAUGAGGUGGACCACAGUGAACAGUUACAACUUCAGAGCUGCAUGAAGACUUCAGUCCAUGUCAAUGUUGAUUUACAUUCCACUAACCCGUUCUAUUUGAAGACAAAGUGAAAAUCAUUAUCUUUGGGGAAUUUCUUUUCUGUCAGGUGAGAAAGAACUCAGAGACCGGCAUAAGCGCAAAAGCAAAGUGAAGGACACUCAUUGAAAUUUGAAAGAGUUUUGUUUUUAUGAAGAAGUGAAGACACUCCUUUCUUUUCAUGACCAUGAUGAUGGAACUCUUACAUUAAGUUUUCCAAAGUGCAAAAAUAAGUUAAGGAUGAUCAGGGUAAUUUCAAAUUAUGAUUCUCCACUUAUUGCUUCCAAAUUGUGGAUGAUCUUACAACAGUACUUUUACUUUUGAGAGUGUAAACUUGUUGACUUGCCCAAUAAUGUUGUAUUAAUCAAUAACAUACCUUCAUGGUUCUGUAGUGUUGUGAGAAGGGUUCUAUGAUGAAAUAUUGUCCACAUGAUGAUAAUCUUUCAGAAUCUCAAUUUGAUGUGGAGAUUUGAAGGUUUGUACCUUUAGGCUAAAUUCGGAUGUGUCUGUCUCAGUCUACUAACUAGGUGUAUUCAAAUAGGUCGUUGUCUACAAGUAGAUGUAAUGGUCCUAUGUAAUAUGUCUUGUGAGCAACUUCCUCUCAGUAGCUAGGGAAUCUGAGUUCUGCUACACAAAAUGGGAGUUUGUAAUUAUGCCUGGUGUGGGACAUGGAGAAGAUCUAUCUAUUACUGGUUUAUUGACUGCACUGCAUGGCUGGCUGUCUAUUACCUGACCUAGGGAAUCACAAUGCUGGCACUUGGUGACCAAACUCUUCAAGUCCUCCUCAUUGUGAGUGCAGAAUUCAUCCAACAUUUCCUACUAUUCUAGAGUAGAUAUUCAAAAUAGAAUCAAAUAUUGACCCUUGUGUGUUGAUGAUACAAAACAGUUGGGUGUCUGAAUGAAUUGUUUUUGUGAACAUUUCCAUUGUCACGUGGCAUUUGAAAACAAGUAGUGGGUCUUACAGUAAUCACCAGAACAAAUCAAAAGAAUUACAGCUAACUUGUCCAGCAUAUUGUAUUGUGAACUAUUAUCAUAGGGUUGCUGAUGCACUCCUAGUUCACUGAACAACUCUACAGCUAUAACAAUAAUUGUGUGAGAUGUGUUGAAUUUACUGGUUGACUUCUGGGGUUGGAUGUAAUAUUCUUUUAAUCUUAAAUUCAGUUAGUUUAGAAUAUGUACUAAACAAAAUAUAUCCACCAAUGUAAAUAGUAGAGCAGCGUUCAUUAUUGAAAGCAGCAAAAUUCCUAUUAACACACUUCACUAUUACAAUGAAGAUUUAAAUGUUAAUUAGAAAAAGCCUAGUUUACUGUUAGUAAAGGAAAGCAGACACCUUGUGUAGAGCAUAGAAUUUAUUUAUUGAAAUAUUUACAUAUUUCUCUAACAUACACCUGACUCAAUAAAAUUAAACUUGCAAAUGCUGGAAAGGAAAUACAAAAAUAGAGAACGUUAGAAAAGUGUAGUAGACCUGCUGACAUGAGUAAGGAAAAGACAAGUUUAUCUUUGUAUACCUGUCACUCCUGAUGAAUCAGGAAUCUUUAUUUUCUCAAGGCUGACUAUUUCUGGAACUGUUUUAGUAAAAAUCUCACUGAUCUGUUUUAACAAUGGAAAAGAGGCUUUUCUGUUCCACCGGACAUAAAGACUAGCAAGUCCAUAAGUCUUACAACCUUGAGAAGAAUAUUUAAUGGGUUCCUCUGGCUGGGGAAGAUUACCUAGAAUAUUCCAGCACAAAAACAGGCCUUCUGCCUUCUGGGUGGUUUGUGUUGGUAUUUACCAUACUUCAUCUCAUCCCAUCAACAUCCCCAUCCCUGUCUACCUCAUGUACUUCUGGCUUCCCACUAAUAGUCUGAGGACACCCAACAAGGACUCUUAAGCAACAUCUUCCCCUGGAAAUGUAUCUUCGCAGCUUGACAUUAAGAAACAAUACUUAUUGAAAUGGACAUUGUUUCUUUUUCCUGAGUAUCUUCAUUGGAAAUAAUAGAAACUAAAUGUUUGUACUUGGCUUAAUUCUGUGUCUAACUUGCAGAGUUUACUGUUGAUUUUUGGGCUUCAACUUUACUCGUGCAGUCCCCAUUUGUUAGAAAUGGGGUCUUGUGUUGGUGAUGUUCUAACAUUCAUUGUCAUUUGUAGUUGUUGAAGAAAUUUGGCAUAGCUGUCAUAACCAUUUCUUUGCCAUUUCUCAAAACCAUUAAGAUGUCAUUCUUGGCUCAUUGGUGACACUGUCAUCUCAAGUUCAGAGCAUCAUGGAUUCAAGUCCAUCUACAGAGACAUGAGCCAGGGUGACAGUUCAAAUAUUAUAGUGAGGGUUGCUGUAUUGACUUAAGUCUUUUUGGAUGAGUUGUUAAACUGAGACUCCAUCUACCCUCAGAAGAAUAUAAAACAUUUUGCAAGACUAUUUUGAAGAACUGUGGAUUUCUCCCAAAGUCCUGUCCAAUAUUGGCAGCACAGUGGAGCAGCUGGUAGAGACACUGCCUCAUGGCUUCAGUAACCCAGGUUCAAUCCUCGCUCCCAGUGCUGUCUGUGUGGAGUUUGCACAUUCUCCCUGUGACCACGUGGGUUUCCACCUGGGUGCUCGGGUUUCCUCCCAGACCUAUGAGUUGGUAGGUUAAUUGGCUGCUAUAAAUUGCCUCUAGUGUGUAGGUGAGUAGUAGAAUGUGGGGAGAAUGAAAAAAGGGAAUUAAUGCAGGACUAGUGUAAAUAGGUGGUUGGUGUUCAGCAUGGACUCAUUGAGGGGCCUGUUUCCCUACUGUAUCUCUCUCUGACUCUAAUUUUAAUCCAUCAACAAGCACUUAACAAACUACAGGAUCUCAUCAUUUCUCUCCUCCCUGUUUGUGGAUCUUUGCUCUCUGCAAAUUACCUGUCCUAAUUCUUAGGGAAUAAUAAUGACUGUACUUCAAAAGUCCUUCCAUCCUUGGCCCAUCCACCCCAGUCAAGUAUUUUUGGCACCCAACCUCCUUUAGGCUUGUGUUGAUCACACUGGACUCCAACCUGUCCUAUUCCUUGGCACUCCCAGUUCAGGAAGUACCAAGGAAGUUGCUAUAUUGGGAUAAGCCUGUUUAUGUGAAUGUAAAAUAUCCCAUAGCAGGGAAGAUCAUUAUAUGGGUUGGGAAAUAUUUCUUUCUCAAACCCCUCCCCUCCCACCAUCCUGACCAUCAACAGAUCUCUUGAUGGCUAUGUCUGCUAUUUUUGGAAGCUUUGCCUAUCAAACAAGUGAUUACAAAAAUGGUCCAGUGGCUGCCUGCCCUAUGGGAUGUUUUUUGAUCAUGAAUGGAGCAGGUGCCUCUGCCAAUAACUGGGGAGGCUUCCAGUGUGGCCUUUCUCAGUGAACACUGCUGGCCCUUUACGUUUAUCUCUACGGCAGCAGUGUCAGAAUCGCAGGAUUCAGCCUGCAUUCCACAGCUCUUCGACAGACUCUGUUCUGAUCCCCUGCCAUUUCCCAUAACCCUGGAAUUUUCUCCCUUUCAGAUAUUUAUAUGUUCCCCCUUGGAGGUUAGUAUUGAAAGAGAGUCCAUGCUCAAUAUUCUAGAAUACUGAUUUAUUUAAAGCUGUAAAUUUAGGAAACUACAUUUGUACCCACAAUCAGUUGAAGCAUGCAUCAUACCUGUGAUUUAAAGGAGCUUGAAAAUCAGUCCCUUCCUCCUGAUCUUUCCUCCUGACCUUCAAUUUUUGUUUCAAAACAUCUAAUCCGUUUUGAAAGUUAAUAUUUGAAUCUGGUUCCAUCGGCGUUUCAGAUCACAGCUGGUAAAAUCAUCAGCACAUAGUCUUGGCAUAUACCUUAGGUCCAUGGCUUUUGGUUACUGCCCAUUCAGCCAGUGGAAGUGGUUCCUCUCUAGUUCCUCUCAUCAGGACUCAUGGUCAUUUGUCGGCGCUUCUAUUACAUUUCCCCUUAACUUUAUUGGCCCUGAGGAGAAGGAGCCCUGCUCACUGCAGUUCCUUCCUCUUGCUGAGAUGCCGCUGCUUCCUGCAGCAUUUUAUUUAAGCCAGAUGGCAACACCUUUUUUUGUCCAGUUUAUGAUGCCUGGGUGAAUUUUCAGUUCCUGGGUUAAUGCUGAAGCCCACAGACAGUGUGUGUAGGUGAUCAUUACUUACAGUAUGAGGCAAACUAGAUGAAAUAAAACAGAUUAACAUCACAUCCAAAGAAUGAGGAAGUAUAAAUUUUGUGAGGAAAGUAAUUUUAAAGUGAAUUACGUUACUUGAGAGCUGUGGACAUUUAAAAAUGUCUGUUCUGAAGGAGGCAAAAGCAUCUUGUGGUCUCUAGAAUGAUGCUGAGAGGAAGGGGGAGCGUUUAAUGAAUCUACUGCCAUGGAAUUAGUACAUCUAUUCUCGAGUGGAGGCACAUCCCCAUUAUUCAUUAAUGUGACCCAACUGUGGUUAGUAGUAACUAAUAGGGCAAUAAUAAUUGUGUAGCCAGUUAUAAAACUAUGUUGGCUUUUGGUUUGUGUCACAAACACGUAAAUAAUUCAUGCAUGAAGGACAGAGCAAAAUACUGUGGAUGCCAGAUGUCUGAAGUAAAAGGAAAAAAUUGCCGUAAGUAGUCAAUUAGUCAACCGGCAGUUGUAAAGAGAGAGAGACAGGGUUUAAUCAGAAUUGGCUGACCUGAUGAGUGUUUAUACAGUUCCUGCUUUAUUAUGGACAAAGACUUGCAUUUAUCUAGUGCUUCUCAGAAAAAUGGAGACAUCCCAAAGUACCUUUAAUGAAAAAAAGCUUUUGAAAUAUAGUUACUGAUCUGUCAUGGGAAAAAGUGCAUGAGGCAAGGUUGCAUGAACAACUUAGAUAAUGAUCAGUCUGUACUUCUUUGUGCUGUUGAUUGAGAUAAUAUCAAAACUGAAAUAGUGCUGGGGAAUCUCUUGCCUCUAUUGACGUGUGUUUGACAUCAUCUCUACAGAGAUUACCUCCAACAGUGCAGUAAUUCUUCAGGCUCAAUUAGGGACUUAGCUCUCUAGAUUGGAGACUCAAAUCGACAACUCCUAAAUCAAAAGUGAGAGCCAACCAUGUAGUAAUCAGGUGAUGCACAGAUGACCAGUGUACGAAAGUACUGGUAAUUAUUUAUUCCACUACGCUUCAAAAACUUUUUCAUUAAAGGUGCUUUGGGAUGUCUCCAU